CUGCUUUCCUAUCUCGUGCUCAAAUUCCUCUCCAUCUCUCUCUCUUUCCCCUCUUAGGCAGAUAUAUUAACCUAUCAUCAGAUGAUUAUAAACACUAAUUAAACAAACCUUUAGAUAUCAAAUAGAAAUGGAGGUUAAAGAAGAGAAUAAGAGCAGUAUAAGUAUGGUUCAGGCUAACCUGCCUCCUGGGUUUAGAUUCCACCCUAGAGACGACGAGCUCGUCUGCGACUACUUAAUGAAAAGAACCGUACGCAGCCUCCAUCAACCAGUUGUUUUGAUCGAAGUUGAUCUCAACAAGUGCGAGCCUUGGGACAUUCCUCAAACGGCGAGAGUGGGAUGUAAAGAAUGGUAUUUUUACAGCCAAAAAGAUCGGAAAUACGCAACGGGACAAAGAACAAACCGGGCUACGGCAGCCGGUUAUUGGAAAGCCACCGGUAAAGAUAGAGCAAUCCACAGAAACGGUAGUCUUGUGGGCAUGAGAAAGACACUUGUAUUUUACAGAGGUCGUGCUCCUAAAGGUCGUAAAACCAAUUGGGUCAUGCAUGAGUUUCGUCUCCAUGGAACAUUUCUUCACCACCCUCCUAAUUCUCUAAAGGAAGAGUGGGUAUUGUGUAGAGCUUUUCACAAGAACAAUGAUGAAGUCGACAGAGACAACAACACGAGAAGCUGUUCGAACGAAACAACUUCUGCGUUGAUGGACUCUUACAUCAACUUCGAUCAUCACCAGCAAGUGCCCUGCUUCUCCAAUUUGUCACAAUUGCAAACCAACCAAUCCGGUUUUGUCUCCAAGAAUCCCAUCCCGUUGUCUAAUCCUUCCUCUGAUCAGAUGGUUCUUAGAGCUUUGCUAAGCCAGCUCACUAAGAGUGGCAAAAAAUCACAUAAUUAUGGAGAAGGAAGUUCAGAGAGCCAAUUAACCGACGUUGGCAUCCCAAGCCACGAUGCUUGGAAGUAUUGAUCACUACCAGAAAUCUAUGAUUAUGCAAAUGAAUCAAUAUUGUUCAUAACUGAAGACAUUAUUUAUUCACACCUCUUGUGUAAACUGUUAUUAUACAUAUAUGAUAUAUGGAUUAGCUAAUAAC